CACAAAUCAUUCUCUUGUUUCUAAACUCGAAGAGUUUUCUGCUAUUUUCUUCCCACUAGGAUCCAAUCGCGCUCCUAUCUGCGUCUUCACCAAAAGUCAGGUAGAUGCAAGAAGAGCUCCAUGAUUACCGAUCAGAUAAAAGAGAGAUACGAAACAUAUCGAUUACUUACUACCCCAUGUACAAUGUUCAAAGAUUUUUUCAUGUUGUGUGAUUGACUUAUGCAGUGACAGUUACAGACAUAAUUACAACCAGAAGCCAUUCCUAGCGGAUAGGAUUGCGAUUGCGACGUGUGCAGUACAACGAGUGCAGUAUCCCUGUAAAUUGUCCAAGGGACGAAGGUAAGAACAAGCUGAGCUGAACCUGUUGCACCCGACGGAACAACUUCAAGAAGCAUCCCGAGCAGGCAAUUCGCGGCAAUGACAACGUUCGCUGGUGCUGUGGAGGCGAACGGACAAUAUGUCGAGCACCUGCGGGUCGUUCGCCAAAUUCGCGAUGACGCCCUGGCCAAGGACGAGCUCCAGUUGCCGCAGAUUUGCGUAAUCGGAGCUACGAGCGCCGGAAAAUCGUCCUUUCUGUCGAGGUUGACCGGUACAGACAUAGCGCUAUCUAUGUUGUUGCUGCGUCAUUUUGUGCGUGCAGUAUUUUGCUAUAGUUUUUUCCAUGUUGUUGUUGAUGUUCUCCAUCAGAUUCACCAAUCCGAAGUGCGCCCUGAUUGUGCGCGAAGUCAUGACAGCCCGAAGCUUUAUUCUUGCAGUAGUAUGUUUGGCAUGUUGGAUUUGGAGCAAAGGGGAAACAAAACCUCAUUCCAGGGGUGCCAUUUCCGCAGGACGCGGAAAUGUGCACGAAGGCUGCCAUUGUCGUGAACUGUACACGACGGGACGACGCAAGUUCUUGUACGGAAGCAGAGCCGGCGACAGCGUGUUCAUCAGGUUCCUCGAAGCAAGCAAAUGCGCUGAAAUUCUACAUCAGUGACCGAAACAAGAAAUACGUAGAAUGUGGUGCGGACGAGAUUGCAGAAAAAAUCUCCGAAAGGCAGAACGAGCUGCUGAUGGACGAGUUUCCGCAUUUAGCACCUGACGACGUUUCCUCCGUGAAGCAGAUCGUCAGCGGUGAGAUAAAAGUUCUGGUAGAAGGACCAGGAGUCUGCGACCUGACUCUGGUGGAUUUACCCGGGUUCGUGCAAAACGAGGGAAAGAGUGAAGGGCUGAAGAGCCAAGUCGAAGCCUUGGUGAAGAAGCAUGUGCAGAAGAAGGAGACGCUAAUCUGCAUCGUUUCCGAAGCCAAGGAGACCGAGGAUAACAUCGAAGCGCUCCAAGUCGCUCGCGAGUUCGAUAAGCAUGGAGCGCGAACGCUCCAUGUACUGAGCAAGUUUGAUUUGUUCGAUUCCAUCGACGCGGAGAGACGUGCCCGGGAUUGGGUAUAGAACAGCAACAGAUCAUGUUCAUGUUGCUGCUGAUUCAUUGUAAAAAUCUAAAUCUUUAACUAUGCUGAUGCUCUGCUUUUUUUUUCUCCCUUCGAUGCAGGACCAGCAUGGUCGGGGAAACAAAUAGAUGCAACAAUACAGAUUUGUGAAGAUUGGGACAACGGGAACGACCUGGGGCGGCACGCCGUGAUCAAUUUCGUGAAAGGUGGGGAAGGGCCGAUGGAGGAAACCCGCGAGGAGGAGAUGCUUGUUGGGUUGAAUCUGCCCAAGGAGCGCGUUGGGGUCAUCCGUUUCCGCGAACGUGUCCAGCCGUUGUUCGCAAACCUCAUCGCGACACACAUCCCCGCACUGGCGACGAGCAUUCGUCUGCGGUUAGCUGAGUGCAAAAGAGCACUGGAAAAAAUCGGGCGAGAACCGCAAAGCGACCAAGAGCUGAUCAUGGCAGUCAAGACGAUACUGCUGAGCGGUUCGACAAACGUCCAGCAAAAGUUGAGUACAGCAGCAUUUGCGAAAUUCAAAGAGGGCGCGCACGCGAAGGAGGAGCUUUUGACGUUCGAAUGGACGACGGAGAGUUUCGGCACGAACGCUUUCGAGUGUCCCGUCUUCCAAGGUCGAGAAGUUUUUGAAGACUGCCUUCGGCGCAUCCGGGAUGAAUGGCGACCCAUCCUCCAGGAGUACAUGAAAGAUGUGAAGCAAAUCGCAACAACUUCUACGAAGAAACUGCUGACCUGUCCAACGGUAACUCCCCUACCGGGCCGCUUGAUCAGCGCAGUAAUUACCGAGGCCGGCAAAAAUGUCGAUGUGACCUCUGUCCGCUUUAACAAGAGCUGCACCGACGCACUUGACCUGGAGGCGGAGUUCGGUACGGCGAACAGUUAUUUCGACGCGUCUUUUGGAGCGAUGGAAGCAAUUCCAGAAGCACUGGAGAAAAUGAUCAGCCAGAGCCUCACGGGAAAAUGGAACGAUUUGAAGAACGUGGAUGAUGUGAUGCAGACUAUCGGCGCUGCGAAGAAAGAGUACGCCUUCAAGCAAAGCAGCGCCGAAAUGGACGAGAACUGCAAGCAGAAGAUCCACAAAGCCGUGAAGGCCAAUUUCAACUGCGAGGCGAAAACUUUUGUCGACAGCAUUUUGAAGCACACGAGAAACGGCGUCCUCCAUUCUCGAACAUCUUGGAUUCAAAACACCCUGCACAACAACCCCAUCAUCAAAUCAGCUGCAAAAGAAGAUCCGAAGAUCGUGAAGAAGCGGGAAGAAUUGAAGCAACAGGAAGAGAGACUAACCAACUGUCAGCUGCAGAUCGAAUCAGUGUUCUACGACGGGGAGGCAGAAUCGUCUGAAAGCCAACCGCACGAGAAUGCGGAAGCGGGAAACGGGCAACUGCAUGGCGCUCUCGCCAACGGGAACGAAGAGGAGGAAGAAGAACAGCAUGAUGCGGAUGCGCAUGAGCAUGAGCAUGAGCAGCCAAUGGAGGUUGAGAUGGUUGGGGGCGAUCAUUAUGUCGUGGACGAACAGGAGCAAGUUGAGUGUGAAGACCAAGACGUUGAUCCAAAGCGACAGUGCAGAAGGUAAGAAGAUGUAUCCAGGUUGUGAUCAUGGUCAAUAAUUUCAAUUUUAUGCUCAUGCUACCCCUUCCUACCACAGGCACAGGCACAGCAAAAAACAGAAGGAUGAUAGACAUAAAUCAAGAAGUAAGCCACCACACGCAGUGGUAGAGCUAGAGGCGAUGGCGCUUUUUUCUGCGAUCUCCAUUUCGAAUAAUUUCAUCGAGCUUCUAUUUUCCAACACUCAAGCUCAACUACGUCAUCCUCAACUUCACAUGCAGACGCAGAACCUACCAGUAGCAGAACCCUAGUCCUAAUGUAUCAAAGACUCUUUCGCACAGUUUUAGUUGCAAAACCCAAAUCGAAUCAAUAUUCCGUUCUUUGUACAACUUUGAUGAGAUGAAUCAAAAACCGAUUGGCUUUGCAGCUGUAUGCGUAGUGAACUUACGUGGGAGUUUGACGGGAGAU